CUGGUGUUCACACGGCUCCAGUGCAUUGUUUUCUUCCAGGCAGUCUCGCUUCGCGCUUCAGCUAAGACAUUUAUUUUGCAUUCUGUCGUCUCGGGCGGCGUGUACUCUCUUGUUUCUGCGCGCUCUCCACGCCCUUCCCAGUUUCCUGUUAGCCAAAGGGAUCGCUCCUCCUGAACGAAAAGUUCUCAGAGCGGAGUGGAACCUCCCGGAAAAUGCUCUUCUCUUCCGUGUGCGCCGGAUGGGGGUGGGGGUGGGCCCGAAUCUAAACGCCACGGUCGGGAGAGCUGAAAGGACCCGAACGCCAAGGCGGAGGCGGGAGAGGAGUCGGAGAGGAUGGCCGGGGCCGGCGGCCAGCACCACCCUCCGGGCGCCGCGGGAGGAGCGACUGCCGAGGCCGGCGCCGCGGUCACCCCUGCCGCUGCCUCGGCGGGGCCCGGAGAGGAUUCGUCCGACAGCGAAGCCGAGCAAGAGGGACCCCAGAAACUGAUUCGCAAAGUGUCCACCUCGGGGCAGAUCCGAACCAAGACCAGUAUUAAAGAGGGACAGCUGUUGAAGCAAACCAGUUCUUUCCAAAGGUGGAAAAAGCGAUACUUCAAACUUCGAGGUCGUACACUUUAUUAUGCAAAGGACUCAAAGUCUCUGAUAUUUGAUGAAGUUGACCUCUCAGAUGCCAGUGUAGCUGAGGCGAGCACAAAAAAUGCUAACAACAGCUUCACGAUAAUCACUCCAUUCAGAAGACUAAUGCUGUGCGCUGAGAACAGAAAAGAGAUGGAGGAUUGGAUCAGCUCACUGAAGUCUGUACAGACCAGAGAACCUUACGAGGUGGCCCAGUUUAAUGUGGAACAUUUCUCAGGGAUGCAUAACUGGUACGCCUGCUCCCAUGCCCGACCCACUUUCUGCAACGUGUGCCGAGAGAGUCUCUCUGGAGUCACCUCCCAUGGCCUGUCCUGCGAAGUGUGUAAAUUCAAGGCUCACAAAAGGUGUGCAGUGAGGGCAACAAACAACUGCAAGUGGACGACUCUGGCCUCCAUCGGGAAGGACAUCAUCGAGGACGAGGAUGGAGUGGCUAUGCCCCACCAGUGGCUCGAGGGUAACUUGCCUGUGAGCGCCAAAUGUGCCGUCUGUGACAAAACAUGUGGCAGUGUUCUCCGUCUGCAAGAUUGGAAAUGCCUUUGGUGUAAAACGAUGGUACACACUGCCUGCAAAGAUUUAUACCAUCCUAUUUGUCCACUUGGCCAAUGUAAAGUGUCUGUCAUACCUCCAAUUGCACUCAACAGCACAGACUCUGACGGUUUCUGUAGAGCAACGUUUUCAUUCUGUGUUAGUCCUCUGUUGGUUUUUGUCAAUUCUAAGAGUGGAGAUAAUCAGGGAGUAAAGUUUCUUCGUCGAUUUAAACAGUUACUAAAUCCGGCUCAGGUGUUUGAUUUAAUGAAUGGAGGUCCUCAUUUAGGUUUAAGAUUGUUCCAGAAGUUUGACAAUUUCCGGAUUCUCGUUUGUGGAGGAGAUGGAAGUGUAGGUUGGGUUUUGUCAGAAAUUGAUAAACUCAACUUGAAUAAACAGUGUCAGCUGGGAGUCCUGCCUCUGGGUACAGGAAAUGACCUGGCCCGGGUUCUUGGCUGGGGAGGUUCAUACGAUGAUGACACCCAACUUCCACAGAUACUGGAGAAGCUGGAACGAGCCAGUACCAAAAUGCUGGACAGGUGGAGUAUAAUGACCUAUGAACUCAAAUUGCCACCAAAGUCUUCUCUACUUUCAGAACCUCCAGAAGCAUCUGAAGAAUUUUAUAUGACAAUUUAUGAAGACUCGGUUGCAGCUCAUCUUACAAAAAUCCUCAAUUCUGAUGAACAUGCAGUGGUCAUAUCAUCUGCCAAGAUACUGUGUGAAACUGUAAAGGACUUCGUUGCCAAGGUAGAGAAGGCACAUGAAAAAACGUUGGAAAAAGCUGUUGUAGCUGAUGCCGUGGCCAGUAAAUGUUCGGUCCUCAAUGAGAAGCUUGAACAACUGCUCCAGGCUUUGCACACAGAUUCCCAGGCUGCUCCGGCUCUCCCAGGCAUCGGCUCUCUCAUCGUGGAGGAAGAUCCCGUGGAAUCUUCCAGCGAAGAAUCCUUGUGUGAAAGCAAGGAACAACUCUUGGAUGACACUGCGAAACCUUCCUCCCAGAAAGCCGUCAGACCGAGGGAAAUAAUGCUGCGGGCAAACAGUUUAAAGAAAGCAGUGAGGCAAGUCAUUGAAGAAGCCGCAAAAGUUAUGGAUGAGCAGCCAGUGCACUCCUCUGAACCAGUUAAUCAGUCAUUCGAUUAUGAUAGCACGGAAACUGAUGAGUCUAGAGAAGAAUCAAAGGAAGAUGAUGCAAAGGAGACAUUAACUGCAGUUAAAACUGCACCUCGAUCUCCAGAUGGCCGGGCAGGACGUUCCCAAACUGACUCUGGCCCUGGUCCAGCUGUGGCAGCCAGCAAAGAAAACCUCCCUGUGCUCAAUACCAGAAUAAUCUGCCCAGGUUUAAGAGCAGGACUAGCUGCCUCAAUUGCUGGGAGUUCUAUUAUUAACAAAAUGUUACUAGCAAAUAUUGAUCCUUUUGGUGCAACGCCAUUUAUUGACCCAGAUCCAGAUUCAGUAGAUGGAUAUUCAGAAAAAUGUGUCAUGAACAAUUACUUUGGGAUUGGAUUAGAUGCGAAAAUUUCAUUAGAAUUUAAUAAUAAGAGAGAGGAGCACCCUGAAAAAUGCAGGAGCCGAACUAAAAACUUGAUGUGGUAUGGAGUCCUUGGAACCCGGGAGUUAUUACAGAGAUCAUACAAAAAUUUAGAACAGAGGGUUCAACUUGAGUGUGAUGGGCAGUAUAUUCCUCUCCCCAGUCUGCAAGGAAUAGCUGUGUUGAACAUUCCCAGCUAUGCUGGAGGCACUAACUUUUGGGGUGGAACUAAAGAAGAUGAUAUAUUUGCCGCACCAUCAUUUGAUGACAAGAUCCUGGAAGUCGUUGCAAUAUUUGAUAGCAUGCAAAUGGCAGUUUCAAGGGUCAUUAAACUGCAGCACCACCGAAUAGCCCAGUGCCGUACAGUAAAAAUCACUAUAUUUGGUGAUGAGGGAGUCCCAGUGCAGGUGGACGGUGAAGCGUGGGUUCAGCCUCCAGGGAUUAUCAAAAUUGUGCACAAAAACAGAGCUCAGAUGCUAACAAGGGACAGGGCUUUCGAAAGCACUCUGAAAUCUUGGGAAGAUAAGCAGAAGUGUGAUUCUGGUAAACCAGUUCUUCGAACCCAUUUGUACAUCCAACACGCGGUCGACCUGGCGACGGAAGAGGUGUCGCAAAUGCAGCUGUGCUCGCAGGCGGCGGAGGAACUCAUCACCAGGAUUUGUGACGCAGCCACGAUCCACUGCCUUUUGGAGCAAGAGCUGGCGCACGCGGUGAACGCGUGCUCCCACGCACUGAACAAAGCCAACCCACGCUUCCCAGAGAGUCUUACAAGAGACACUGCCACUGAAAUAGCCAUCAAUGUGAAGGCACUGUAUAAUGAAACAGAAUCUUUACUAGUUGGCAGGGUUCCUUUGCAGCUGGAAUCCCCACAUGAAGAGAGGGUAUCCAAUGCCUUACAUUCCGUGGAGGUGGAGUUACAGAAACUAACAGAGAUUCCUUGGCUUUAUUACAUCUUACACCCAAAUGAGGAUGAGGAGCCUCCCAUGGAUUGCACCAAGAGGAACAACAGAAGCACUGUAUUUCGUAUUGUGCCCAAAUUCAAAAAGGAAAAGGUUCAGAAGCAGAAGACAAGUUCUCAGCCUGUUCAGAAAUGGGGCACAGAGGAAGUUGCUGCUUGGCUGGAUCUGCUCAAUUUGGGAGAGUACAAAGAAAUCUUCAUCCGUCAUGACAUCAGAGGGGCUGAACUUUUGCAUCUGGAAAGGCGAGACCUUAAGGACCUGGGGAUACCGAAGGUGGGUCAUAUGAAGCGAAUUCUCCAGGGAAUUAAAGAGCUUGGAAGGAGUACUCCCCAGUCUGAGGUGUAAUCAUAUUGGUGCUAUUCCUUGGAAGGGAAGUAAUCGCUACUUAAUACAAAGUUCUCGGAAGCACUUUGGCUGUUCUUGCAGUUUUCUGCCUAGAUGAGUAAGCACCGCUGAGGCACCUCUAGGGCUUGACAUUUUGCCGUGGGCGAAAGUUUUGAUUUGCGGUAUUAGAAAAAAUUUUUUGUGCCAAAAAAUACAUUCCACGAAGCCAUUUUCUUAUUGUGCAAACCUGACGCGUUCAAGUAUGCUCAGAGUAGUAAAAAGGUAGGAGGAAUCUGAGACAGUUGCGUUGUCUAAGAGAUGGAAUUGUAGAAUGUUUACUUUCCUUUAACGUGGCCAGAUGGAACGUUCUUAUUGUGCAACCACGUAACUAUGUGGCCAAAAGUACUUAGAUUUCAUUAUUGGAGGCGUUGGCUUCCUCCUAAAAUCAUUGGCUAGAAGACUAAGAUGUACAUUAAAUUGUGAUUUGAAUUGGUAUCACCUCAGAUUCCUAACGCUCAGUGGUCAAAGAAUAUGGUGAAAACCCCUCAAAUACUACAAAUGAAUGCAAAUCUUAAUGCACGAUGUUCCUGCCUGAAUUGUCUUUCUGGUUUUUGCAUGUCACAUUUAACAUGGUAAUACUUAGCUUUAAUGUCAGUUUUAAUGGAAUUUAAUUUAUUACUACCUAAGUACCUUUUUGUUGGUUAAAGGCACUUUUCUGUUCUUUGAUGUGGAAUUUUGCAUCAACAUUCUAUAUCUAAGAAUUUGUAAACAUGUGUCUGUGCCCUAAUCAACAAAUGAUUUACAUAUUAUGCAAGCUAAUUUUAUAUCAACAGAUCAUAAACAGUAGGUGUGCACAUUAAGAAAAUUCUCUGGAUAUUUUCAUAAAAUUUUAUGCUCUGUUGCCUAACAAAAAUUAUUGUAGCUCUCCAAACCAAAAUUCCCACAUUUCGUUUUUAUUUUCCUUUCAGUUUAAUAAUUCUUUAAUACUCUGUUUGCAUUUAUAAUAUAGUAGACUGUUAACAUCCAGAAAUUUCCCCAAGGUCUCAACUGGAAUUUGUUUACUGAUUGGUCCCCAAGACUCGCCCACUUAGAAAAGUGACUCCUGAUUCAAACUUCCCAACAAGAGGUUUUAAUUUUUUCUUAAGGGCUUUCCAUUAUUAUUAUCUCACUUAAUUCUUGUGUCUUAUCAGGGAGAUAUUAUUUUCCUUUUGCUAAACCACUACAUUUCAGUGUAGCUCAUUAGAACUUAACAUUACAAUGAUCAAAAUCUUUGAAAGCCAAAGGCAUACAUAUCAAAAAGUCACAAAAAUAUCCUUCAAUAAACUUUUAGAUAUUCUAUGCCAAAAAACUAAUUAUAACAUUUGAAAAUCUCCUAUAGAUGUAAAGUAAACCGGAUACUGACCCAGUGGUGACAAUUUCCAUAACGUAGCCUUCUAGGUAGGUGCUCAAUAGAUACACAUACGCACGUAUAUACAUGUACACAUAUAUGUGUAUAUACACUUCUAUGUAUAUUCACACUUGCAAACCUGUAAUCUGACAUAUACUCUCACUGAUAUUUUCCAGACAUUUAUUUACCAAAGGCUUAAAGAGAAAUACUGAUGGGAAAACAUUUAAAACGAACUAUUGUCAGACAUAUAAUUUAAUUAUAUCAAAAGGGUUUAAAUAGUUGACACUUUAUUCUGACUUAUAACUUGGCUAUUUACUAGUAAAAUCAGAAAAUUGGGAUCUCUUAGAAAUAAAUGAACUUGAUGGGUUCCUGACCAAGUGUGUCUGACCAUAUAUUUUACCUGUCUAAAUUGUGAAUAAAUGAAAAUUUUCCAAAGGGAAUUAUAUCAAGGAGUUUAAAGGAGCAAAAGGCUACUCCCGUAAUAAUUUUAAUGUUAUCCACACCUAUGGAAUCAAAGGUAUUUCUUCUCCAGUCCCUUUUUAGCCCCCGCCCCCACCACCACAAAAUGUCCUGUGCUUUCAGGCACUUCCCUAUUGAGAUCAAAAUAGGGGGCACCAGGAGCUCAGAACUCUGCUGAGAUCACCAACCCCUGACCAGCGCUACCAAAAAAAAAAAGGAAAGGUGAAGGCAAGGAACCCUAGGAAAGAAUGAAUUAAUAAGAAAUCUUUAUUGAUUUUCACUGCCCCAAAAUACCCCUUUGCCAAUAGGAAAGAUUCUCAAGUUAUCACAUGUUUCAGAAUUUAAGAGUGAGAUAUAAAUGAUAGAAUUUUUAAAUUUGAUGUUGAUUUUUCACUCCUAAGUAACCUGUCAUAUAUAUGCGAAACCUUAGCUAAGGGGAUCCUUAGCUAAGAUUUUCCUGCAAAAUGGCUUUUGGAUGAGGAAAAUUCUUUAAAAUCACAAUUUUGAGAUAUUUUUUGGUUAAAUGAAAGCAUCUUUCCCUGUAGCUUUGUCUGUGAAUGGCUGUGUAGGACCCACAUGACCUCACUCACACCUGUGUGCCAGGACGGUGCCCUCGGAGCCUGGUAGGCCACUGUCAGCCUCACGGAGGAGCCAGCUUCUUACACUGGAUGGGACUACCACGAAAGUGAGAGGGGCCUCCCGAUGGGACUGGAUCGCAGCUCUGGGGAGCGCAGGUGGGGCCUCUGUGCCUUGAUCCACAUGUAAGCUGAGGUGAGAAGCUCAGUCCGGUCCAGCUAGCCAGCUGCAAUUGCUCCUCGUUCCCCCACCAGGCUGUCCCACACGUGGAUCAUUUGGGAGGGCUCGAGGGGAGUCACAGCCACAUCCACUUUCUUUCAUUUUUCUUUCCCUGCUCAUUCUCCUGAGGAAGAACUUGCUUUUCAAGAGAGAGGGGAACAGGGUCAGACCUAAAUAAAAUUUUGGCAUGCUCAGUUUUUCUCUUCUGUGUCUUUCCGCCUCACUUUCUGAGUUUCUCUCUCACCUCCUGGCUUCCCGUUUUUCCACCUGCCCAAGACAUUGAUGGUUGCUCAAAUUCUCACUGCCAGGUACCAUCCUUUCCUCAUCCACUGUCCCACUAGAAAAUGACUCUUUUUCUGUCUCCUCACCUUAGCCCCCUUUGUGGGUCAUCUCGCCAAGUAUUAGGAAGAAAACAAUGUAAAUAAACUAAGUUUACAGUUUGCAUUUUAUAAAAGGACACUUGCCAAUCUAAAUGAAUGAAAGGAUUAAAUAAUUUGGGGACCAGGACAUAUAUUGCUCUAGCUGAGGGAAGAGGUGAUCCAUGAAUGUCUAGAUCUGUGCUGUCCUAGGUUGUAGCCACUAGCUACAUGUGACUCUUUAAAUUUAAACUAAUUGCGGGGAGGGUAUAGCUUAGUGGUAAAGCACGUGCUUAGCAUGCAUGAGGUCAUGGGUUUGAAUCCCAGUACCUCUUAAAUUAAAAAUAAAUAAAGAAGUAAACCUAACUACCUCCCCCCACAAAAAAAAAAAAAAGAAAGAAAAAGAAAAAAAAUAAAUUUAAAUUAAUUUAAUUAGAAAUUUAGUUUCUCUGUUGCACUAGCCAUAUUUCAAGUGCUCAAUAACAGUGUUGAAUAUUUCCAUCACUGCAAAAAUUCUCCUGAAUAGCACUGCUGACAUCAUUGCUACUCAAAAAAAUGCGGUCCAUGAUCGAGCAGCAUCCGUAUCACCUGGGAGCUUAUAGAAAUAAAUGCAGAAUCUUAGUCCACUCCAGACCUGUUGAGUCAAAAAUCUUCCUUUUAAUAAGAUUCAUCAGGUCAUUAGCACUGGCAUCAGUAUAUUUUAUCUCACCUAGAUAGGAGAGAUCUGAGGUCUUCAGAGGUCCUCAGAAUAGCAUACUCCACAACCGUUUCCUAUCCCUUCUCCAGCUGACCCCAGAAAUAAGCCGACAUUCACUCAUCACCCAGCUGAGUUUUCUUCUUAAUCUUUUUUUCCUAAUUCUGGUUCUAGAUGAGCCUUCCCUACCCAGUAUGUAUUUUGGUAGCUAAGGUGGAACAUGGGAGAUUGACUGACAUAGCUUGGCCUCUCUCCAGCCCCUCACCUCAUGUCUAAGUCACUUACAACCUGCAUUUGCUCACUUUGUUGCCCAUGUGACAUUCUCAUUUGUUCACAACUUAAGUCAGAGGGAGCAUUUCAGAAGAGUAUGUACUGAGAUAAGUAAAGACCGGGUCAGUCUCCAACAACUUGCACUUUUCACUUCCUCUUAUCAGUAGGUGAUCCUGUUGACAUGGCUCAUGCUUGAGGACACACGGCAGCACAAUGUAAAAUGAAUCAUUAGGCGUGAAAAAAAAAAAAGAGAGAGAGACCCAAGAUGAUUAGAAGUAAAGUGAAUGUGUCAUUAAAGCCCUCUAAGGGGGCAUGUUUUGCUAGACUAAAACCUGGCUUUCUUAUUAUGCUAACUUAUCCUGAUUUUCUGAUAGUUAAUAAUUCCCUAAAGUAGUGCCUGAAAAAUAAUAUAUUUUUGACCCUCAAGACAUAAAUUAUUUAAUUUAUGGUAAGGUCUUUUCCCAAUGACAGAUGGUCAAUAAUCCUUAAUUUUUACAUAGUGAUAUAAUUUACCAAAACUUUACUGCCUAGAGAUUCUUUAGCCAAUUUUAAAUUAAUAAAGAAGCCACUACUUUAGUCUCCAUAGUAGUUAUUUUUAAAAGGAAUUGAGGAAGGAAAUAUUCAUGCAAAGCUAUGACUUAAAAAAUUAGAGUGGAAAUCUCUCUACAUCAUUUCUAAAGUAAAUUAUCUGUUAUCUCUGGGUUGACAAGAUAGUGGACUUUUAUAUUGUACAGAUGUGAAUUCUUUACAGAUGUCACUUUUCACUAAGCUAUAAAAACAUUACAUUUCGCAACCUUGACACCUAGGAUCUCCCCUGCUCCCUCCCCCUCAAGUGAACUUAUUUUGCAUUUUUCAGAUGCAAACUGGAUAAAAGUGGUGGGGCUAGAGAUUGAUGGUAAAAUGGCAGUUUUAAAACACCUAGUUCUUUAAAUCAGCUGAAAAGAGUGAGAAGGGACAAUUCCUCAGCAUUAACCAUUGGUCAGUGGAAUAGCUUCCUGAGUGGUGUCCAGGGCUUGGCUGCCAGGCCACUCCUCUCACUGGCCCACACCAAGUGCAUGGGGCUUGGGACUUGUCUGUCUGCAAUGUCAUCUCCCCAGUGACUCUUGGUGAGCAAUCCCUGUGUCAGAUGGUUAAUAUCUUGCCUUUGCAAUAGGAUGCCUUCCUAAAGAAACAAGUAAAACUUUAAAGAGGCAAUGAUUAUUGGUUUUGAUCAUCCACAAAGCGUUAAUUUUUCUCAUUACUGUUUUCUCUUUAUUUUCUCCAAAUUUCGUUUAAAGACACUUCUCGUAGAAUUUAAAAAACUGUAAAGGUUUAUCAUUACAGAGAAGAGUGAUAAAAGACAGCUGGACUGUACCCAUUUGUACACUUCUUUCUGUUAUUUUCAGGAAAGGAAGUUUAACAGAGUAACUGAGACUGCAUUGAACUCAGUAACGAUGUCUAAGGAAAAACCCCAUUAUUACUAAUAUAGGUGAACAGGUUAAUUCCUUUUAUGUAGUUAAGAUUCUACUUACAUAUAUUUAUAUCCUCUUUCUUUAAAUUUUAUGCACUUCCAAGUUUUAGUUGGAAAAUAGAAACCAAACCACUACUUAAAAAUCGUAAAAACGCCACAUAAAAUAUUUCAUGUUAUCUGCAAGUUAUUCAUUGUAUAGGAAUUUAUGAAAUAGUCUGGUUAUUUCAUAGAACUGCAUUUCAAGAGUAAAUUAACCAAACCUAAAGGAACAUAGGGUUACUUUUUAAAUAGAUUAAAAUAAAUUUCAUACUCAGUUGAUAAUGCCAUUGAAGUAGGUAAUACAGUUAAGAUAUACAAGCUAAAAAGGAAAAUGAAUAUAUUUUGUGGUCCUUCCUGUUUGAUUGCACUGUUGUUUACCACAGCUUAGCCAUAUCUAUUUCUGUAUUCUAAGUAUUAAGCUGAUAUGUAGCUAAAGAGUUCCUACAGUUCUGGUAACUGGUAACUAGUGCUGUGAAAGGUUUUGGUGUUGUAACAUUCCCAGUUUUGUGAGUUAUAUAUUGUAUAUUGAAGAUGACUAAUAAAUGGGAGUAAUAUAUUUAUCUAGAGCUGGGAAAAUAUGAUAAUUAUUUUCAGAUCUUCAAGUAAGUUGUAUUGAAUUUUUUCUUCCUCUUAGGUGAGAUGAAAGACUCACUUUUACGUUAAAAUGUCUAUUUAUACAACAAGUUUCUCCUUUUACUGGUUUUAUUAAUUUUCAUAUUAAAAUCUUUCUUAUCUUUUUAUAUUAAGAGAAUUAUCAUGCUGGUGACUCAAACUGCCAAGAUGUAUUUUAGUUUGCAGGGCUUUUGGCAGACGAAAUAUUUAAUAACCAACCAGCUUUGUAUAUUUUGUGGCUUUGGGAGCAAGAAUUUUACCUUUGAAUCUCUAUGCGAGGCAGUGCUGAUAUCAGCAAAGUCAAAACAGACAGUAUUAUACAUAAUCAUCAGUAGAAGGUUUUUACACGUUGUAUAAAUCAGUGCAUUUAUUUAUUAUGUGGUGAAAUUUAACCUUUAUACAAAAUGCAAUUCUAGCUCUUUUCUUUGUUAUUGCUGUUGCUUAGAAUGUAAUAGCUCUGUCAGUGAUUUACUUGUGUACUUGAAGUACUCGUUUCUGUCAAACAGAUGCCCAAUUUUUUUCCUUGUAAAAUAUGGUAUUUUUUUCUACCAUCAGAGAUAACUGAAAAAUAAUAGGCAUUUGGUUAAAAAAUAAUUUUCCUGUUUAAAGUAAAUAUGGAAAAAGGCAUAAAGCCAAAAUGAAAUCACCAAUAUUAAGAAUUCAAUGUAGCCAAGGGAUUCAUCAUGCUAUAUUUUGUCUCUAUAUAUUUUAUCUUCAACUCAGAGCUUCUUUUCUGUGGUAAACUUUCCAUUUUUGUUGUAAAAGAGAGCUCAGUGGUUAUAUUGCCAAUAUGACAUUUAAAUGAACAUGACGAAUCUUGACCCCCUCCUCCCUAAAUAUCCCAUAUCUGCAGCUCUAAAUUUCAGAGUGUAUAUUCUUAACAGGUUUGCACUUGACUCUGGGCUGCGUUAGUCAUAAUAACCACGAGGGAUAAUGGUUCAUUUCUGUCAGUUAAGUCAAUGGGAUUUUAUUUGAGUUUUGAAUUACUUCUAUUUUCAAAUAGUCUCUACUCAACUGUUUAAAAAAACCCAAAGUUUAAAAUUUAAUGGUGCAACAUACCACACAGAAUGAAAUCACAUUUUCAAGGCAGAAAAAUAACUGUUCUGAUUUAACAUCAGGCCGUAUCGUAUACCAAAGAAAUCACUUUAACAAGCCCGAAAUCCAACGGUUUCAUUGUCUUACAGUGUGAGCAGUAGAUGAAUUGUAAACUAUUUAAGAGCUGUAGUAGAAGAUGAAGAAUUAAUUGACUAUCAUUUUAAAGACAGAGUUUUAUAUUAAUUUUACUGUUGCACAAGCAAUUAUCGAAGGCAGGCAAAAUGAAAAUAUAUGAGAAACAUUAAAUGGGAAUUAAAGGGAAAUGGAGCUUGGUAAUUUGGGAAAGGUUUGGAAAUGAAGAGGUUGAACGUAGACAUCUUACAUCCUGGAAAUGCAAAACGUGUGAGAUGCAUCAUGAGCACAUACCACAGAAACAAAAAAAUGCCGCACUGGUAAAGUCUUUUCAAAAUAGCUAGUGAGUGGAGGAGGGUGUAGCUCAAGCGCAUGCCUGGUAUGCACAAGGUCCUGGGUUCAAUCCCCAGUACCUCCUCUAAAUAUAAAUAAAUAAACCUAGUUACCUCCUUAACCAGUGAGUUUAGGGAGCCCAUUCUACUGUUGAAAUCUAGAAGUUAGUUAAGCAGGUAGUAAGGAUGACCUGAUCAUUUGUGUUCAUUACACAAGGUCUGUAGUCUGUCAACUUAGUGAGUGACACGGACAGCAAGUCUGAAGGGCUUGGCGAGCUCCCGGAGAACGCUGGUAAAUGUCGAUCAGACCAGACCAUACAGCGUAAAGAGAUUUUCAUGAACCUUCUAAGCCUUGAAAUUUGUUAGCAAUGAUUCCUUUCAUUUGAAACAGCAAAAGUAUUAAAAUGUACAAUAUUAUAAACAGCUGAACUCUGUGAUGCUGGAGAUGGGAGUAAGGUUUAGGUUAAUUGGGUUCCACCGCUGACUUUGGCACUGACUCAUGUCCUUUCUAUGAGCUAUAUGUUUUAGUGCCUCGGUUUCCCUAAUUAGAAAUGGCACACAGUGUUACCAGUUAUAUGUACUUGGUCGUUUUCCUCGUACCAAAGGAACCGUAAAGUGUGAAUCAUACCUAAAUUUACUGCUUCUUUCCUAUUGUCGUUUUAGAUAGAAAGAAAGGCUUCCCAGACUAUAGCAUGAAAAUUGAAAGUCCAAAUUAGCACCCCUCGAUGUUCAUCUUAAAAAUGAGACUAAAGUCACAUUAGUACUGUCUGCACCAGAGUAGGUUAUGGCCAUCUUUAUCUGUGUACUGCAGUUUCGUGUUAUUUGUUUCAGGACAGAUGAAAAACUCCCUUCUAAGAAUUGCAGAAAUUUACAGUAAUUUAAGUUUUUUACACUAUUCCCCAGACAAGCGUUUUAUAACAGUAAAACAUAUAUAUAUAAUUGAAUAUAUACAAUAAAAAAUAUAUAUUUUAAUCAAGACCUUCACGUCUUUUCUGAAAUUAACAACCCAAAGAGGAAUAUGUCUCUUUAAAUCAACAUUUUAAAAAAAGGAAUACCGGACUCCCUUACCUUGUUUCCCCCUGUGACGUUACUUACUCUCUGUACUAAGUGAAUUCUGAAUGGUUCCCUUGUUGUUUAAGCUGAAGCAUGGAUCUCUAGCUACGUUCUCUGGCUGUGGAAUGGUACUCUCCCAUGCAAAGUAUCUUCAAAACUUCCUGUAAAGAAACAAAACUAGAAAAUGUCUUAAUUAUUACCAUAAUGGAAAUCCGAGUACAAUUACGGAAAAGAAAUUAGAAUAACCUAGUUAAAAUUAUUAAAUGUAGAUGAGGGUAAAUGAAUAUUGACUUUACCUGACAUUUGAAUUCAGUCACUAGCUGAUCCUUGACUUAAAAAUUUCUUUGCUCCAUCUGGUAUAUAUUACAGCUUAAUCUGAUAAAUUAGAGCUCCUGCUGCAUUUACCCCCAAAAAGUUGGAAUUGCAAGAGGGUGUAAGCUGCAUGACAUGAGGGAAGAUAUUGAAUCAGAACUCAUAAACGUGUAUUUUGAUCUGUCUUAAUGAUACAACUUAGUUUUCAUGAUGACAGCUCUAAAUGAUGAUCCCAGAAUGAUUUGGUACCGUGACAGGAAGAAAUUAUUUUUCUGGGAACUUGCUUCCCGCCAUGACCUGAUAUACAGAUGACCUUCUUAUAAUUAAAAUUAAUUAUAAUUUUAAUUGGAACCUGCCCUGUUUACAGAUUUCCACUGUGCAGCAGUUUGUUCAUAUACAUAAUGAUGCGGAUGAAAGAAGUGCAAACUUGAGCAGUUCUUUUGUUUCCUCGCCUCCUUUUAUUUGAAAAGCUUUCAGAAAGCUCUUGAAAGAUGACACAGUUCUCAUAGCAACAUUAUGUGAUUAUGUUCUUCUGCCAAGACACUCAGAAGCUAAAAUAUGGAACAAAACAAGUGCUUAACCUAAUCUUGGUCUUGAAUUGUAUAAGCAAAAGCAUUUUCUACAUCAGACGGUUUUUUUAGUAUUCGUGCAGUUGCGUAUUUCAUUUUUCGUCCAUCUCAAAAAUUGAAUUGGCGUUUUAUGGUCUAUUUCUAAUUAGCUGCAGUAAAGCAAAGCGACAAUUCCAUUGCCUCGGUUCAGGCCUUUAUCAGUACAAACCUUUACCAUUUUUCUCUCCUAUGCUUUUGCCGUAGUUUUUCAGCAACUAGUUUUCCUCCCUUCAUUCUCCCCUACCUCAAGUCCAUCAUUCACGUGGUUGACACCGUGGUCUUUCUGAAACACAAAUUUGUUUUGUCAUCCCUUUGCUAAAGAUUCUUAACUAGAUGCUCCUUUCUUUACAGCAUAGCAACCCAGCUCCUUAGCGGGAUGGAUAAGGACCUCUGUGACCUCACCUCUUCCCACCCUUUGUAGCAUCCUCACCUGUCAUUUCUUCUAGAGACCUUUUGUAAUCCAGGAAUUUGGAACUACUCACAGUUCAGUGCUUUGGCAUAAUCACAUGGCAUAGAUCAACUCACUCAAGACUCAGUUCAAAUUUUACCUUGUGGGACCCUCUACCUGGCUUCCCCAGGUGGAGUUAAGUAUUUCUCCCAUGCUCCAUAGUCUCUUGAAACCUCUAUUAAAAUAACAUUUCAAUAAUUCAGUAUAUAUAUGUGCCUUUCUGCCACUGAAUUUUUCUGUCUUUGUAGCCUAGCACAUAUUAGGACUUUAGUAAAUGUUUUUGAAUGAAUGAAGUUAAUAUAGAACUCAUGUAUCUCUGUAUUUUUAUACUUUCACAAAUGGACGCAUAGACUUCCCAGAGAGGCCUCAUGAGGGGUGUGUGUAUUCAGGAACACACAGGCACUCUGUGGAAACCCAACAGAAGAGAGGCAGCAGGGAAGAGCAGUUGCCCCAUGAAGGAUAAUUAUUUCUUAGCUGUUAAUCAGAAAUAGUUACCAAAUCUGAAUUCUUGUUUCUAAAAUUGAGGUUUAGAGGGGAGGGUAUAGCUCAGUGGUAGAGGGUGUGCUUAGCUUGCAUAAAGUCCUGGGUUCAAUCCCCAGUACCUCCACUUUAAAAAUAGUAAUAAUAAAAAUAAAUAAAUAUUAAAAAAAAGAUAAAAUUGAGGUUUAUAAAAUUUUCACAUAACUGCCAAAUUCUUGUCAUUCAUAAAUAUUGCCCUAAAGAUGAUCUUUCUCUUUUGCAGAUAAUCAGUUUAUACAAUCUACAUAAAGACAUACACUGAUUACCUCCACAAAAUAAUGAGACUUGAGAAAGAAUAAAAAACAGUAAUGAAGGUGAAAUUUUCUGAAAAAUAAUUUUCAACCAGAGAUAGAGACUGAACAUGUGUGAUUUCAGGUCAUUUGUAGUUAAUGAUUAUUUCAUUUUUUAUUAUGCAAAUGUAAGAAGACUCAUUGGUCAUUGUUAUCGCCCCACAUAGAACAUAAAGACUAAAAACUAUUACCUGAGGGUCUGUUAUUCUUUUGUGAUUUUUGUAAAGCCUUUCUAACAUGUCUCCAAAUUAUGAUAAAGGUUAACACCCAAAGCCCUUUAAAGUUAAAUAAUUUUAAAAACUAAAUGAAUCCAAAAUGCGUGUAAUUAAAUUAAUGGCUUCUUACUUCACUCACUUAUUAGACAUUUUUCCACCUGCUCUACCCUUGGCACCUGAUUAGUCCUGGAGAUAACAAAAUAACUCAUAGCUCUUGUCUAAUAGAGUUCCAGUUCAUUUUUAUAAUUAUUUUUCUACAGUCUCUUUAAGAAAGUGGGAGGAGGAGAAAAUCAAUUAUACUUCAAUUGAAAAAAAAAAAGAAAUUGAGAGGACAUGUUUUUAAACCAAGUAUUUUUUUUUCAGAGAAGUGGUCAUCUUCCACCCAAAAAACUACAUUCUGUGUCAUUAAGAGGUAACUCCGUUUUUAUGUCCACAGUUUUUGUAUUUUCAGGUCAACCACAAAUAAUUUUUGACCAUUUGUCAAGUACAUGUUUCAUCAAUCUUAUAGAUCCCAGCUCCGCAACCAUAGGUGCUACAUGUGAGCCAAGGGACCGAUGAAUUUGAAGGACACAAGUUAAAUUGUGAGUUCAUUUUAAGAAGGAUAGAGUUCAUUUUAAGAAGGCAUAUAUCCUCAUUAAUACCACAGACACCAACAUAUACGAAGUAUGGGAACCCACAAUAGAGGGAAAAAAAGUUAUCAAAUAAUGCUGAUGUACUUCAAAGGCUCCAUUUGAAUGUAUUGGUUGAUGAUUCCACCUCUGAUUUUUAACAGGGAUUAGGGAGUAAUAAUAUUCAACAGGUAAUAUACUUAUCUAAGCAUAUAGUAAAUAUAUUACUCAUAUUUGUGUGGCUCAAUGCACUAAUAUAUAGAUGAAACAAAAAUAUUUGAGUUAUAAAAAAAUUAACCUCUGAAUAUUUAUUGAUGGUUAGACAAUAGGGUUCCUUUAAGAGAAGGAAAAAAACUGUCUUGUCAGUAAGUAUGAAAAAAAACCUUACUUGUAUCUAUAUUUACAUUUUGAUAGGCAUAUUUUGAAGUCACUGUUUCCCAUCAUUAUAAAGUAUCAGCCAUUUCUAAGCUCUCCAGCAAAAGCAGACUUUUAAUUUGAUACAGCCUUGCUCUCUGUUCGAUGUUGCAAAAGGUCCGCAAGAGAAGGAGGCUCAGAAGGCUGGAUACUUGGCCCUUAUAUUCAGCAUAUUCAUCUUACCUUUCCAUAAAGAUAAUCAGUCAUUAUUUGCCUCCUAUUUAUCAAGUUGAAAAACCUAACAGUACAGUUCCUUUUAUCCCUUAAGUUGCGAAAGAUAGUUGUACUCUGGCCUUUGCCAUGUUACUUAUACUAAGAAUUCGCUACAUUUUGGAAGUCUGUUUUGAAACUUGCAUCUGAAAGAUGCAAGACCGCAUCUAUCUCUUUAUUACACAAUGGGCUCUGUUUGCUGCAGAAAAGAGUGAAACUUUAACCUGCUUAGCACACUUGCCAGAGAAAUACACCUGACAGAGCGGAGGUGAUAACUUUGGCUCUAUUUACUUUUAAUAAUGGUAAGAAAACAUGAGUUUUGUUUGUUUACAUGCUGUUUACAAUGGCAUAAUUUUUUAAAUAUUAUACAACAAUUGAGAUAUUUAUUGCAUACUAUUUUAAAGAUGUUCUAUGUGUUUUCACCUUUGGAAUAUAUUGUUACAGUUCCUUAUACCGAUAAUUUGGGUGGCUUUGUUAAUGUAGAUGGUAAUUUUUAUGACUACUAAGUGACCAGUUUUCCGUGCCUUUUAUUGUGGGAUGCAUGAUUAUGUAUUUAUUGUAUGGGAGUCACUGAUGCGUGUAUUUUUGUACUUUGCCGAGAGUAAUGGUUGAUCUCGAUGUACAUGAUGAAGAGAGAUGCCUUUCCCAAAGGGCACUGCCUUGAGAUUGUCCUUCUCAAAUAAAAAGAAUGCAUUUGGA